UCAUAAUAUUGAUACCAGUGGUUGGAGCGUGAUUCAACCGUUGAGGCCACUUAUACCGUCGCGGGCUGUCAUGGACACACGCGCGUGGCUUGAAAAGAUUAAAGCUGCCAAGGCCACUUUACUGAUUGAAGAUGGUCGGUAGAAUGUAUUUUUCUUGAACCAAGUUGCUACGCUUAGUAUUUUGUUGCAUGUUUUUUAACGAACUUGUCCGUAUAUCCGGGGUAUGAGUGUUGAAUCAUGCAUGAUGCACCCCUAGGGUUGCAUUAAAAUUGCUUGCUAGCCAGUGAGCAGUUUUGAAGGAAAAACAACGAUGCUUUGGAGCGUCUUCCCGAGGUGCGAAACAUCUGAUAUUUAGUUCGUUUUGCUGUGUUACAAAACUUGAUAUGUGAUAAGCUGUUUUCAUUUGUUUGGAAGUGUGCCAUUAAGGGGCUUCUUUUCUCACGAAAGGAUACGAUAUGUUGAUUGAUAAUAAGAAUGGGUUAGGCUAAGUCUGAAUUUGUGACUGGUUGUGGUAACUGCCAUUCUACAUCAGAUGAUUAGACUGGUAGGCAAGUCGGGUUAUUUCACUACUUGAAUCUCGUUUUAGCUGCCUAGACGGUAUGACUGAUUGGAGCUCAUGUAUUUCUGUGGUGUCGGAUUCGUCGAUAAUGCUCUCACAGGUUAUCUUCACAUAACCUGUUAGUUAGGUCCUAGAUUUAUCAUCUUGGUUUGUAUUUUUAUUGUACUUUGUAGUUUGUCGUCAUCGACUUCUCAGAGUACCAUGAUGAAUAAAGAUAUUUUGAUCAAAUGUUUCUACAACGAACUUUUUCAAACCGAUUUUAUCUUACUAUUAAGUGGUUAUAGGUACCUUGAGGAUUAUCUUUACAGAAGAAAUCUAACUAUUAUGGAUAUACCUAUUAACCUAGAAGCAUGAGUGCAAACAUUUAGCUUCAACACUCAUAACCAAAGUUCUUGACGUAAAAUGUACGCUUGUCUUCGACGCCAAUGAAUUGGAUCUCAAGCGAUAAUCGUACCAGUCAGCAUAAUCCAUUGGGCUAUUGCGAUAUGUAAAGCAGGCUGUAUCUGCCCAGGUUUUAUACUUCAGGGGAGUUAUACUACAAAGAAACUAACGUUUAAUUCUGAAUGCUAGAUAGAUCUUCAUUGUUUGAUGCAUUCUUUUGAAACUAAACCAUAAGUUACAGAUUACAUUAUUACAACUUCUAGGGAGGCGGAAGAUCCAUUUCUUGUUUCCCGAAGGAGAAGAAAUGGUUGAAGAAUAUGACACAUCCAACGAUAACCUACUGACUAGGAGAUGGAGAAAGAAAACUGUACUUGGUGGUGAUGGAUCUUGGGAGAUUGAAGUUGGGGAGCCGACGACGAGUAGAAAUCAAUUUUCGGAUUGUAUAAUGGAGUCUUCUCAAACUCCCUUGUUUAGUCGCAGCGAUGUUGCCAAUUCAUUUCAGUGGCGAGUACGUAAUUUGCCUUAUCCAUUGGACGUGUACAAAAUUAACAUUGAAGAUGAGGCAAUCGUUCUAAGGACGACUAAUAAGAAAUAUUACAAGAAGUUCACCAUACCGGAUAUGAUGCGAAUGGGCUUGCCACUGGACGAGAAGUCGAUUACACUAAGUCAUGCAAACAACACACUCAUUAUUUCGGUUUGUUGAAAGUUUAGAUUAAAUAUCUCAUUUUAGUAUAAAAAACCUGAUAAAGUACUGGAAAAUGAAAAGGCACUAAGACAAUAUGUAAAAACAUUGAAACCAGUGGAACAAAAUGACGACUGUAAGACAUCCUAGUCAAUCGUCACUUACUGUUUUCUGUAACAUUACUUGGUUUUGUAAAUCUAAUUUUUGUAUCUGUUACUUGAAUUAAUACUUCAUCUCAG